UAUGACCAUUGGUCGGUCCGUGAGUCUCGCGGCGCUCAGACUAAAUUGCGUCCGCUCGGACGUAACAGCUUUCGGCGCGUCUCUUGGCGAACCUCAGCUGUUAUGGAUCCUCCUCGGGCUUGCGUCCAGCGGUCCGCCGGAUAAAACAACUUUAUCGGACCGCCGUGACAUGGGACUACUGUUCGCCCGGUGCGCUCGGCCCGGCGGAUACGCUUCUUGAUGGAAAGCAUGUCACCGCAACAGCAGGGUGCCACCGUGGGCCAAAGCGACUCCGACUCUGUGGCGGGGAACAACGCGCCUCUCCCGGAUAAUAAAAAGAAGAUGAAGACGCUGGCUCAGAGAAGACAAUCUGCUCCCUCAUUGGUCAUCAGCAAAGCACUGACCAGGUCCAGAAGCACGUCCAGGGAGAGCUGCCUGACUCCGUCGAGUCCAGAGUCUUGUGGUCUGGUCCAGAGUUUCCUGAGUGAGAGUCCGGGCCAAGCGUUCGUGGGUCACGUUCAAGUCCAGCUGAAGACGGGCCUGCAGACCCAGGACAGACAUCUCUUCCUUUUCACCGACACGCUCAUCGUCGCCAAGACCAAGUCUCCCUCUCACUUCAAAGAGAAGGCACGGGUGCGCGCCUGCGAGAUGUGGAUGGCGGGCUGCGUGGAGGAGGUGUGCGAGGGCAGCACCAUCCUGGAGAGAAGCUUUGUCCUGGGAUGGCCCACGUGCAACAGCGUGGCCACCUUCAGCUCCGAGGAGCAGAAGGAGAAGUGGCUGGCGCUCAUCAAAAGUCGCAUCGAGGAGGGAAAAGAGAAGGAUGACCCGAAGUCGGUUCCACUCAAGAUAUUUGCCAAGGAUAUCGGAAACUGCGCUUAUGCCAAAACGUUGGCGGUCAAUAACACAGACAACACCAACGAAGUCAUCAGCAUGGCACUCAUGCAAUUCGGGAUAGCUGGUCACGUGAAGGAUCACCGAUUGUGGGUGAGUUCCAGUAAGGAUGAGCCUCCGUACCCUCUGAUAGGCCACGAAUUCCCCUUCAGCAUUAAGAUGAGUCAUGUUCGAGAUGGCGGGAGCGGUCGUGGAGAUCCGAGCAAUCCCUGCGAGUGUCCCGAGGUUCAGCUAUUGGAUCGAUGUCUGCCUCCGGACACGCAGUGUCACUUCAUACUCAGACCCAGCAAAGUCACGCACAGCACGGACGCCCUCGCUGACACCGCCCAGCCAAAGUCAUUCAAGCGUAAGCGCUCUCUAAUCAACUGGCCCUUCUGGAGGGGCUCCAGCAGCCAGCUGGAUGCAACCUCCCCACUCAGCCCUACCUCGCCCUGCCCCACCUCGGGGCACCUCUUUGGGCGGCCGCUUGCCUCCGUCUGCUCGGCGAACAGUGGCCUGCCCAAACCAGUCAUGGACAUGCUAGUGUUCCUGUACGUGGAGGGUCCGUUCACCCGUGGCGUCUUCCGGCGCUCGGCGGGAGCUAAGGCAUGCCGGGAGCUGCGUGAGCGACUCGACGCCGGGACAGACGAUGGCGAGAUUGCGCGCCAGUCCGUGUUUGUCGUCGCCGCCGUCCUCAAGGACUUCCUUCGCAGCAUCCCAGGCAGUCUGCUUUGCUCGGACCUCUACGACCAGUGGACUGCGGCCAUGGAGAGUGAGGGAAGCGAUGACGUGACCGACAAAGUUCACAGAUUACUGCGUCUGCUGCCCGCUGAGAAUUUUCUGUUGCUGCGCCACGUGGCUGCUGUGUUGUACCGCAUUCAAAGCUUCGCCCACGACAACCAGAUGAAUGCCUUCAAUCUGUCCGUCUGCAUUGCUCCCAGUAUGCUUUGGGCCACCACUCCUGGAACCCCCGAGAUGGAAGGGGAGGGUGCCAAGAAGGUUUGUGAGUUGGUGCGCUUCCUCAUCGAGAACUGCACCGCCAUGCUGGGCGAUGACGUCACCUCCUUGUUUUCCGCAUUCAGCCCGCAGGGCGGCAGCAGCGAGCACGGCUCUGACGCGUCGUCGUCGUUCCAAAUGAACGACUCGUCCUACGACAGUCUGGAGAACGAGCUGAACGACGAGCCCGAGUCGCCGUGCCAGGACCAGCUGCCACUGCGCGAUAAACGCGACAAGCCCGACAGCCGCAGCUGCGACUCCGUCCUCACGCUCAGUGACUGCGAAGCCGACGCCGAGGGCCACGGCGCCGACCUCCUGCUCCAGCUGCCCCCGCUGGCCAGGCCCCGCCGCUUCAGCCCGGCCGCGCGCCAACCCCGCAUCCGCCACGCCAACGGCGCAUCCUCGCAGGGCGCCGGCCGGAGGCUGAGGCGGAGCUCGGAGCCCGCCUUGGCCGCACUCGGCGGGGGUCGCCUCCCGCUGCGCAAGGCCAGCUAUGAUGCCAGCAUGGAGGGCGAGGAAGAAGAGGAUGAGUUCCUGGAGAAGGAGCUGAAUGGGCUCCACCUGAACUCGGAGCGGGACCAGAAUGGUGGGCGGCGGAAGAGCAAGCACGCCCCCCCGCCUCCGCUGCGUCUCGACGCCAGCUGCUCGAGCCUCUCCUCGCCAGCCACAUCCCCCACCGGUUCCUCGCUCAGCUCCUUGGAUUCCGCUUUCUCGCAGUACUCGACCGAUAAUGGCGCCGUCCCGACAGGGGACGCCCCCGUCCGGUCCCCACGCUGCUCUCCGCCACAGAAGGAUGCCCGGCCCGGCCACGGCGCCCACCCCAAUAUGUGGCUGAAGAAGGACCGCCGCCUGUCCCUGAAGCAGCCGCUUAACGGACACGCAAGCGAGGACUCGCCGCCACCUGCCGGGACCCAAACCGGGACGGCCAACCGGCGAUCCAGCAGUCCUCCAUCCUACCAGCAGGCGCUCCUUCAACUACAGCACACCUCACCCUUCUACAAGGGGGCGGACAAAGCCCUGACGGUGCGAGAAUUUCGGCUCCUCCACAACACGUCCCCCGCCGGACCAGACGCUGCCCAGCCCCCACUGGGCGUCUUCUACGGACAAAGUGCCACCACUCUCGUACUAAAACGCCAGAACGCCAACUCUCCGACGCCUCCUGUCCAGAGCCGGACUCUCCCCCGCCGCCGGUCCGAGCCCACCUGCCACCCCCCCUCCAAAACGGCAACCCUGGACAGGCCCCGCCCCCGUCUGAGGGUGUCGGAUGUGGAGCCCCUGUCACCCUCUGCCGACCGCACGGUGAAGGACUACUUUUCCGCCACGGGAGACGCGGCGGGUUGCGCGCGGCGAAGCCAAGAAGUGGCGCUGGCCGUUGCCCAGGCCAAGAAGGAGUGGCGGAGUCGGCAGUGCAGUGAGCCGCGAUUGGACGAUUUCGACCAGCUCUUCUUCGCCGAAGAGUCGUACGUGUAACUACCAACUUUUGUACAUACCCACUUUUUAGUAACACCUUGUCUACGCGGCGCUAACGGUACCAGGGUGGGAGAUUUAUUAUAUUUUUAAAAAAGGUACACAUGCACUUCCUGCUUACCGGCAAAAUAAGAUGUGGUUUUGGUUUUGUUGAAAUGAAUACAAGUAACUAAAAGAGGCUAUUUGCAUUAAGGCAAAAUUAUUUUCAUUGACAUCCUGCCAAAUUAAGAGCACGAGAGAGGCAGCCUUGCACUUUGGCUUAUUUUUUAAAAUAAAUUCUGAAUUAAAAAACAAAAACACUUCAAGGGGCAAAAAGCGGCACCAUACGUGUAACAUCGCAAAUACGACAUGCAUUCACUUCCUGGGUGCAUUUACAUUCCUCUCCCGCCAAAUUAAGAGAAUGAGCAAGGCAACCCGCACAUUUUUUUUUGUCUUCAAAUUUGAUGAUGUUAAAUAAAUUCAUUGGAACACUUACUCCAAAGUUACAGCAGGUACAGAUGCGCUAUGCGGGUGCACUUCCUGAUCACCGGCAAAAUAAGAGUUGCUUUCAUUCCAAAAUGACAAAAGAUCUGCCAUAAGUGUGAGGUAGCGGGUAAAGAGGCAACUCCGAGGUUCCACUAGCAUUCGGAUAAAAUUAAGAGCAUUCACAUCCCAUCAAAAUAAGAGCGUAAGAAAGGCAACUUGCAGAUUGGCCCAUUAACAAAUUUCAAAAUAAUGAAAAAAAAAUUCACUCCAAAGUAACAAAAGAGGCGCAAUCUCGAGAAGGUAGCAGGUCCAGAUGCGCUUCCAUCUGCAUUCACAUCCCACCAAAUUAAGAGCAUUUAACACAUCGUGUUUGGUCUGUGAGUUGAGGCGCACUUCUCGGGUGCCAUUUGUAAAAUAUAUACCACAAAAUAAGAACAUAUAGUUGCCAAAAAAAAUCACCGAAAUGUCCCAGUUUUGUCUUGUCAGAGCAUAAAAAUUUUUUGGGGGGGGAAUUAUUAAAUCAAGCAGGCUGGUAUGCAUUUAUGAGUAGAACUUCAUGCCGAUGCUUCUCCGUGAGUUCUUUUCUAUGUACUAAUUCGGGGCAUUGAAACAACACUUCCUGGAGGAAUUUUCCAUUGUACCAUCAUGUAUAAAGAAUUAAAUCUUCUUUUAAAUUGUAUGACUACCCCCCAUCACAUCCUAUAUUGUAAAGUUAUUCUUAUUUAUGAUACAGAAAUAUAUAUAUGAUGAAUAUAAAUGUGAUCUUUGCUAUGUAAUAAAAUCAAAGUGUAUUUUUGUACAUGUGCCGCUGCUGCUGCUGUCGCCAUAGAGACUAUAUUUGCUACAUAUUUCUAUGUCUGUUGUGUACAGCGAUAGAAUAAAAAUGCUCUCUUUCAAGAA